UCCUUAAAAAGGCUUCCGCGCCCAUCCUCCCUCAGUAUCCUACUCCCAGUCACUGAAGACACUCACUGGAGGCCCUCACCUCACACACUCAUCAUACCCUGCCGCCAGACGCUCUCCCCAACACACUCUCAAACAUCAUGAAAUUGGCGUGGAUGAUGCUGGCCCUGGCUGCCUGUGCCAGUGUAGUCUAUAGCGACCCUCUCUCUACUGGCACUCUCCUGGCACCAGGAGACCCACAAGAUGAUGACAGCACCCAGAAAGUAGCACCCGGAAGGGUCAAAAGAGACGAUAAUGACGACGACAAGAAUGAUGAUGACGAAGAGGAUGAUGACGACGAUGAUGAUGAUGACGAUGAUAAAGACGACGAUAAAGACGAUAAGAAGAAGGAGAAGAAAGAAGAUAAAAAAGAAGAGAAAACAGAAGAGAAGAAAGAAAAGAAAAAGGAUGAUGAUUAGAAGAGUUAAGAAGUGCAUAAUGAUGACCAAUCAAGGAGGAUUAGAUUUAGAAAACUUUCGAUUUAGACGAAGCUAUAUUAAGAUGAUUAUCUACAGUAUUUAAAAUUGUCAUCUCUAAUUGUGAGUGAAUAUGUGUUUAUAUUAGAAUGAUUUGCUAUAGUAACUUUUGUAUUUGAUGUCGAACUUUUAUAACUGUUGAACUUAUUUACAAAUUUUUGUUGCUGUUGCAUUUGAACAUUUUCUUUAUUUAGUGCAUCAUCUGAAUCCGUAUUUCAAUUAGGUUCAAGUGAGGUUUAUUUAAGGAUGUACAUGUUUUCAUUGUUGCUUUUAAUAAAUUAUGUUUCAA